UACCAGUAAAGGGAUAGAUAACCUGUCGCACUAAUCUAUAUGCAACACUUUGUAUACACUUCGCCGAAAAAUAGCUUUAACAUUUUUUUCACUAGCAUCAAUCGAAACAAUGUUAAAGCUAUCCAAGCUAUUUCAGCGGAGUGUAUAUGUACACUAAAUCAAAACGGUUUGGAACUAACCCUUUUUAUAGAAACGUAUAUGUCAAUCUGUCAAAAUGACACGCCAUAUGAGCACGCCAUAUAACCCUCUUUAUUGACACGUACGACACGUCAAUUUGUCAAAAUAUCACUUCUGCUCUGAACACGUUCUCACUUCUUCAACUGAUCAGUCAUGGGAAACGCAUAGCUAGAGAUGAAUGUGUCCGGCCAAAGUCUUUAGUUACUAUCGAUAUAUCGAUAGUAUGGCAUCCACAUGAAACCGAGUACAAGUGAGUUGCGAAACGAUUUACAUAAUGAAGUUGUGUCUAAUUGGAACUCACCUAACUGUCAAAAUUGGGAGUCAUUACCAACGAGUUUGCCCCUCCACAGUCAUUAUAUUAUUAUUGUUAUUAUUUCUAAUCAUUGUUUGGUGAAUUCCCAACCUCAUUGUGUCUGAACCGUUUUGCAACCUACUGUAAUAUAAAAUAUCUUGACUGAAAUUCGUCCUGGGCGAGAACAAAAGUUGUCGAUCAAUAGAAAAGCGCUUGUUGUAGCGACCAAAUUGUGUUUUCAUCAUGUAAAAUGUCUACCCAAGUUCCUCAGGCCGAUAAUUCCAAAUUAUCCAGUUCCAAGAAUCGUUAAUUGUAAUCAAGUGGAUUGUUUAAUCAAUAAAACUUCGCGUGCAAAAGAUCGAAAAGCGUCCGAAGAGUUGCAGUCGUCGCAAGUGUUGUAGACAAGUUGACGAACCGACGACACCAAAAAAGACUACAGAGGAGAAGUGUUAUAGAAGUUCGCAGAUCUAAAGCUUGACUCUUUACCGGUCAAUAGUGUGAUAAAUAAGACCUAAUUGACCUAAUUGAAUGACCUAAUUGUAAGAUCUCCCUAGAAGGAAACUUCGUCCCGAGACAAAAGAUAGUCGCGAUUUUUCAUUCGUUAAAUGCGCUUUUAAACGCCACCAAUAAAUAAACAAUGCCUAUCAUUGGAUGUACCAACGAGGACAACUGCAAGAGAGACGCAUUCUUGAGAUCUAUAUUGGGGAAGUCCGAACGCGCCGCAGGAAAGCCACAUAAACAAGGGGAGAGUACCGUUUCGAAAAAACUCGAGGUGGAGAAGGGGAUGCAGGAGGCAGCGGCGGUUUUAUCCGGCGUGAACCCGGAUUCGCCCGGAAAUCCCGACGCGCGUCACGCAGCCGGAGGUAAACACCUAGGCGAGCGAGCAGCCGCUCCGGAACCGCUCGCAGUUGCGCAGAAGGAUCGCAUCGAGAUCCCGAAAGCGGCGACGAGAGUUCCCGAGACACUUGUCCAGGCCGGCGGACAAGCCGAUGUCCCAGAACCGCCGGUCGGCGGUCAGGGAACGGAUUUCGAGAAUCAAUGGGCACCACGGGAAAUCCCGGACACGGAGUUCCAUGAGAGCCGGGACGAAGUCAGCCCGUCGACGGGCAGAGCAAAAAGUCGAAACGAAAAUUAACGCUCUAACGCUAACUCGGUAUUCUCUCCUUCGCUUCGAUGGCCUGAGGCGGCCGAAAGUAAACUGCUCGACUUGGUAAAUGAUUCAGGCCCCACCGGUCUCUUUGUUUCGCUUAAAUCUUUCUCUUUUUUUUCAUUUUUCUUCAUCUGGCGACCUGCGGAGUUACGACGCGACCGUGGUAUACGGUAAAGAAUAAUUCGGCUUUGUACAUAUUGAUCUCCUAAUUAAAACGCGAAGUUAAAUUAA